AACGUCCGGAGUGCCUGUGUUGGAACGCCGGUGUGUGUAGCCGGCAGUGUAGCGACUGGUGUAGCGCGUGGCCCGGGGCUACCACCUGGAUUCAGGUACAGUGAAUAAGGACAGCUCCCUACCACUCAAUGGCUCUGCAGUUACUGCACUGAGGAAGGUGACAGCUUGGAGCCAUUCACUGCAGAGAAGAAGGCACCGUUAGCUUUAUCCUGAUCAGUUGAUUGCUGCCACAAUUUGGGAUUGUGCUGUUGCAUCCAGAGGCAACGGUUACCUGCUCCGAACUUUCUGACCACUCCCGCAUAUCUGCAUACUGCUAGAGAAACUCAGUUCAAACUAAACCCUGAAUUAAAGUUUUGCACUUUAGAGUUAAUAAUUCAGAGUGAAAUAGUUGUACGUAAGCACUGCCAGUGGCUGUUGUCCUUUCUUACCUUUUUUCUGCCGAGUCUUUUUGAAGUUUGUAUUAUAGACAUAGUCGGAAAAUGAUUUGGUCCAACAAAAACCUCCACGCUCUUCUGUUACUUGGAUUGUUGCUGUUAUGUUGUCUGUCAUCAACAUAUGACAAGUUAUCUUGUCCCACUUGCAAAAAGAUAGCAAGCAAUUUCUUAAAGGCUGUAGAAGAUACCUCCAGAAAGAAUUUUGGUGGUGGAAAUACAGACUGGGAAGAAAGGUAUUUGUCAAAGUAUGAAUUCAGUGAGACCCGUCUUGUAGAGAUUAUAGAGUCCCUGUGUGAGAAUUCUGAAUUUGAAUGUAAUCUUAUGGUGGAAACUCAUGAAGAGUAUAUCGAGCGUUGGUGGUUCACAAUGCAGAAAAAUCAUCCUAAUUUCUUCCUCUGGUUUUGCGUGGAUACAAUUAAAGCUUGCUGUCCUGAUGGUACCUUUGGUGUUGACUGCGUUGAAUGUCCUGGCGGUGCUGAUAGACCCUGUAAUGGGCAUGGUUCAUGCAAUGGCGAUGGUACACGGACUGGUGAUGGCUCUUGUAGUUGUACCAAGGAAUACAAAGGCGAAGACUGUCUAGACUGCGCAAACGGUUAUUACAGUGAAUUCCAGAAUGAAACCUAUUCUCUUUGCACUGCUUGUCAUCUCGCCUGCAAACUGUGUACUGGUCCAUCGAGCAAGAAUUGCACCGAGUGUGCAAGUGGCUGGAUAGAAACUGGCACUAAUGAAGAUGUUGUUACUUGCGUAGAUAUUGAUGAGUGUUUGGCAGAAACCACACCUUGUGAACGACACACAUACUGUGUAAACACAGAAGGGUCCUACUCCUGUGAAGCUUGUGAUGUUGCCUGUGAUGCAUGUACUGGAGGGAGCCCAGAAGAAUGCAUCAAUUGUACAACUGGGUACAUAUUGGAAGAGCAAAAAUGCAUAGAUGUAAAUGAAUGCAGCAUGGAUGAUAAAGUAUGUACACGUGAAAAUGAAGACUGUAUUAACACUGAAGGCAGCUUUAAAUGUGUGUGCAGUGAAAGCUAUGAAGAACGAGAAGGAAUCUGUGUAGAAAAACAAGUAUCAGCAGAAAUGAAGGAUUCUGAAGAUCAGAAUGUUGUCGAACCUGAAGCUCUUGCAGAUGUUGAUCUUCAUGAAGAUCUUUGACGCAUUGCUUAACAUAUUAAUUCUCGUACAUAGAAAUCUGUGGUUAUAUUUUGAAAAGGACUGCUAUUGAUAAAUGAGAAACAAGUUAUUUUUCAACCAGAAAGUUGAACAUGUUGCCAACGGGAUCUGUUUACAUUACCAAAAGCUGCCAGUUCCUGGCCUGUUUCCAUUUUCAACUCCUUGGGUCAAAAUGCUCUUGGUUUUUUUUUGUGUCACAAGUAUUUAGUUUCACUUUGUCCUUUUUUAAUGGGAACAAAUUUGUCAAUAAAAGAAAGAAAAACUACUGUAGUGCUUUUGAUGUCUGUAUGUCUACCUGGAAGGUUAAAAGUUGUAACUUUGAUACAUGAUCUUUAUACAAAGAGCACUGAGUCUCAUUUCUGCAAAUUUAAAU